CUAGAGUCCAAGGACUUCGCCGGCUAGACGGCGCCGGGACUGCAGGAGGGCAGAUUUUACCCGCUUUGCAUGUGAGUCAUGGCAGCUCCCAUGAAGGGCCAAGUGUGCGUGGUGACCGGUGCUUCCAGAGGUAUUGGCCGCGGCAUCGCCUUGCAACUCUGCCAGGCAGGUGCCACAGUUUACAUCACUGGCCGCCAUAUGGACACGCUGCGGGCCACUGCUGAGGAGGCACAGUCUCGAGGGGGCCAGUGUGUGCCUGUGGUAUGUGAUUCAAGCCAGGAGAGUGAAGUGCAAAGCCUGUUUGAGCAAGUGGAUCGGGAACAGCAGGGGCGUCUGGAUGUGCUGGUCAACAACGCCUACGCUGGGGUCCUGGCAAUUAUAAAGAACACUAAGAAGGCAUUCUGGGAAAGCCCUGCCUCCAUCUGGGAUGAUAUCAACAAUGUUGGACUCAGAGGUCACUACUUGUGCUCAGUGUAUGGAGCACGGCUCAUGGUACCAGCUGGCCGGGGACUCAUCGUGGUCAUCUCCUCCAUUGGGGGGCUGCAGUAUCUCUUCAAUGUCCCCUAUGGUGUUGGCAAAGCUGCGUGCGACAGGCUGGCUGCUGACUGUGCCCAGGAGCUGCGGUGCCACGGGGUCAGCUAUGUGUCUCUGUGGCCAGGGUUGGUGCAGACAGAACUACUGAAGGAGGUUGUGAUGAAAAACAACAACGCUGAUGAUCCCCUGUUGAAGCAGUUCAGAUCUGAUUUCAGCUCUGCAGAGACCACAGAAAUGAGUGGCAAAUGUGUGGUGGCUUUGGCAACAGACCCCAAUAUCCUGAGCCUGAGUGGGAAGGUGCUGCCAUCUUGUGACCUUGCUCGACGCUAUGGCCUUCGGGAUGUGGAUGGCCGCCCCGUCCGAGACUAUUUGUCUUUGAGCUCAGUUCUCUCUCAUGUCUCCACCAUGGGCUGGCUGGCCUCCUACUUGCCUGGCUUCCUCCGUAUGCCCAAGUGGAUUAUGACCCUCUACACUAGCAAAUUCUAA